CAUUUCCCUAGUAAUAGUGUCCUUCGUCGUCAUCCACCUCCAAAAGAACAGCAAUUGAAAUCAUUAAGAUCAUUACUUGAGAAGCAAGGUGUAAAGGGAUUCCAGUUUGGUAGUAAUAGAGAGUUAUCUAGAAGCCUUAAUACAGUAUGUAAUAAGAAGGAUGAUCCUUACUUCAAUAGGUUAGUGAGGAUAAUGACUACCAGGACGAUGAAUCAAGCACAGUAUUUCUGUACUGGUGAAGUUGAGAAUGGUAUGUUCUCACAUUAUGGUCUGGCAAUGGGUUUAUAUACCCACUUUACUAGUCCUAUUAGACGUUAUGCUGAUAUUCUAGUUCAUCGUCUAUUAAUGGCCUCCUUGGGUAUUAGACCACUACCACCACAACUUAAUGACAAGACUGCUGUUACUGAGCAAUGUGAUAAGAUUAACUUUAGACAUCGUAAUGCACAGUUUGCAGGAAGAGCAUCUGCCGAGUUACAUACUUAUCUAUACUUUAAUAAGAAUGGUCCAUGUACAGCGGAUGCUGUUAUCACUCGUGUUAGAGCAAGAAUAGGAGGACUACGAGGAGGGGGUAGUCUACAGGUUGUAGUACCUAGAUAUGGUAUUGAUGGGGUAUGUAAAUUGGAUGAUAAUAAUAAAGAUGAUGAUGAAUGGAUAUGUGAUGAGGAUAAGAUGAUUGCUGUUAAUGAUAAGUCUAAGAUAACUCUUGCUGUAUUUGAUCAUAUACAAGUUAAGAUUAUGGCUGAUAAUACUGACUUUAGAUUCAAGACAGUAAUGACAUUCCUGGAGAAGUCCAAAUCGAAUGAGAUAGACACAUUCGAAGAAGCAGAGGCUAAUAGGAAGAAGGUUGAUAAAGAGAUGUGUCCAGAUAGGAUAUCAAGAGAUGAUAAACCCAAUGUAUAA